AUGGGGCCCCAAUAGGAAAUCAUGUGUCCUCGCCCACACUCAAACCACACCCAAAAAAGCCAGGGGUAUGAAAGGUACCAGGGACAUCUCAUGGGGCCCCCUACUGACCCCGGGCCCUCAGGCAAUUCUCCAGCCAAGAGCUGGAGAAUGGGGGAACCACAAACGAAGCAGCGGUAACAGUGGCGGACUGACAACUCAUGGGGCCCCCGGGCAAUAGGGGAUUAUGGGGCCCCUGUGUCCUUGCCCAAACUCAAAAAAGCCUAUGAAAAAGGUACCAGGGGCAUCUCAUGGGGCCCCCUACUGACCCCAGGCUCUUGGGCAGUGCCCGAGUUUCCAAAUGGUCAGUCCGCCCCUG